GGGCAACUUGUCGACUACGAUUGCGAUGGCUAGCGCUACAAAUGAGUUAAUCUCGUUUCUCGCUACCUGAUCGGGAGGCACUUCGCGACGUCUUUCGUAGCCAGAUUGACGAUCUUUCCGCGCAGAUUGCCACCCUAUCUCCACCCUCUCUAUCAUCGUCAAGCCGGCGUUCCUCAUCUCGAUUGCUUUCGUCCAGGCGAGUUCUGGUAUCACUGCAACUUCGGCGUUGCCACCAUAAAGUGCGCGUCUCUCUGGACUUUCUUAUGCCAACUUCGACUGGUCGUUUCGGAGCGCUCUAGAGCGCUCUCGCGAGCAGCGUUGUGUUCAGUUGGUUGAAAGAGGGUGCUCGCCUUGCGUUCGGCUGGUUCUUUUCGAUCUGUCUCCUCCAUCUUCGAGCGAUCUGAGGCUCUCCGAGCCCUGUCGUCGGAGCAGUCGUCGAGAUUGAGAGCGUUUGCGGUCACGUGAUCGCCGUCUGGUAUUCCCGUGUCGUCUGGUGCCUGUGUUAUUUCGUUUAAAAUGCCACGAAAAAUCCGUUUGAGCGGUGCUUUGAUGCCCUCACCUUUGCUGGCAAACGUGGAAUCAAGCAGCGAGAGCUCUGAGAGUGACGACGACGACUUGAACCACACUUGUGAGCAGAAAUUUUCUCAGCUCUUCGACGUGCUUAACAGAACACCGAAAGCCACAGGCUACGUGAAGAACGUUGUUCGGACGUACUCAGAGAAAGAGUUUCGCAAGAAUUUCCGGCUCCCCAGGAAAUCGUGCUACGCCUUAAUUGAGCGUUUCUCCGAAUCCAGCUUCUACCCCUCGAACCAAAGGCACGGUGGCUCGCUAGCCACAACGGCCGAGGAGCACAUGCUAUCCUUGCUUUGGUACGCGGCCAACAAGCCUUCCAUGGGGGAGGUGUCCGUUCUUUUUGUCACAGCUGAAUCAACGCAACUAGUGAUUAUACAUAGGGUUCUCAACUUCAUGCGCAACGUAGUACCGGAGGUGAUCUAUUUUCCAAGCAACAAGGAAGCUGCUGCAGAAAGAAGUAUUUGAAAAGGAAAGGCAACAAGACAUCACUCAGCGUCCCAUGCUCCAAGAGGAAGAACUCAACGAAGCAAGCCAGUCUGCCCCGACACAGAGAGAGUCAGCCCUGCGGAAAUGGGGAAAUGAAGCGGAGCAACCUGGCACAGUGUGUAUAAGUUUGCUCCUUGUGUUGUGAUGGCGUGAAAACAAUGUGUAAGCAUUUCUCCUCAUUGCGAACAAGGCAUUGCAGUAGCACGUUUUCAUGUUUAUUAACAAAACAGUUGUUACAAUUGUGUUGUACAAAGCAAGUUUAUGACAGAUUUUCUUCUGCAAUAAAAAAAAUGCGAAUCGCGUAAGGAAAUGUCCCACUGCUUUGGA